AUGGCUCUCCCGGGCCACCGACGGUUACCGACCUCCCCUUUCCUCUCCCUCGUGAUCUUUCCCUUCUUGAUCUUCCUGAUCAGCUUCGUUGGACAAGCUUCCGCUGCUGGAUCUGCGGUUAUUGGAGUCGAUGUCGGCACCGAAUACCUGAAAGCCGCGCUCGUGAAACCCGGCAUUCCCCUCGAGAUCGUUCUGUCCAAGGAUUCGAAGCGCAAGGAGACAGCUGCCAUCGCAUUCAAGCCGACAAGGGACACCAGCGCGCCUUUCCCUGAACGAUUCUACGGCGGAAAUGCGCUUGCCCUGGCGGCUCGGUAUCCGGAUGAUGUUUACAGCAACCUGAAGACCCUCCUGGGGGUCCAAUUCAAUGACGGAAACGACGAAACGGUCAAGGGCUACUGGAGCCGGUUUCCAGCCCUGAAGCUCGAGAGUGCCCCUGAUGGCCGCGGUUCUGUCGCCCUACGCAGCAACAGACUCGGAGAGGCGGAGAAGAAGGACGCGUUCUUGGUCGAGGAGAUUCUGGCCAUGCAACUGCAGGAAGUCAAGUCCAACGCAGACAUACUGGCUGGUAAGGGCUCGGAUAUUCGUGAUGUCGUCAUCACCUAUCCUGUCUUCUACACCGCGGAGGAGAAGAGAAGUCUUGAGCUGGCGGCCGAACUGGCCGGGUUGAACAUCGAGGCUUUUGUCAGUGAUGGAUUGGCUGUUGGAUUGAACUACGCCACUACUCGGAAGUUCCCUAGUGUCUCGGAUGGAGAGAAGCCCGAGUACCAUGUUAUCUUUGACAUGGGUGCUGGAUCGACUACCGCCAGCGUGUUGCGCUUUCAGAGUCGCCAAGUCAAGGAUUUCGGCAAGUUCAACAAGACUGUCCAGGAAGUUCAUGUUAUGGGAGCUGGUUGGGAUAGGACGCUUGGUGGGGAUUCCCUGAAUGACCUUAUUGUCAACGACAUGGUGGAGAAGCUGGUCGAUGACAAGAAACUUAAGGGCAAGGUUACCGCGGAACAAGUGAAGGCCCACGGCAAGACCAUGGCGAGACUCUGGAAGGAUGCCGAAAAAGUCCGACAGGUUCUGAGCGCCAACACCGAAACUUCCACCAGCUUCGAGGGUCUGUAUGACGAGGACCUGAACUUCAAGUACAAGAUCAGCCGCGCCACUUUUGAGAAGUUGGCUGCACAUCACAUUGCUCGUAUUGGCGCUCCUCUGAAGGACUCUCUGGAGGCCGCCGGUCUAAACCUGGACAAUAUCGACUCUAUUGUCUUGCACGGUGGAUGUAUCCGCACUCCCUUCGUCCAAAGGGAGCUAGAGAAGGUCUGCGGCUCGUCCAAGAAGCUCCGUACCAACGUCAACGCUGAUGAGGCGGCUGUCUUUGGUGCCGCCUUCAAGGGUGCUGCCCUCAGCCCCAGCUUCCGUGUCAAGGACAUCCGCGCCUACGAUGCGGCUUCGUACCCUAUCACGCUGAAGUGGAACUCGGAUGGCAAGGACCGAACCCAGAAACUAUUCACUGCCACUUCCCAGGUUGGCCCUGAGAAGCAGGUCACUCUGAAGAACCUGGAUGAUUUUGAAUUUAGUUUCUACCAGCAGAUUGAUCAGGGUCGAGACAGCCGACCCGUUCUAAGCGUCGAAACCCAAAACCUUACCGCGUCUGUGAACAAGCUGAAGGAUACAUUUGGCUGCGCAGCCGCAAACAUCACAACCAAAUUCGCUAUUCGUCUCAGCCCCGUAAAUGGCCUUCCCGAAGUCACCAGUGGCAAUGUGAGCUGCGAAGUCGAGGCCGAGAAGAAGGGAAUUGUCGACGAUGUCAAGGGCUUCUUUGGUCUUGGCUCUAAAAAGGGAGACCAGCAGCCUCUUGGUGAAGAUGGCGAGCCCAGCGAGUCGAUCACUCUCGAGGCUGAAGCUGAGUCCUCAACCGCCUCUUCUGCCACCACCGCUACUGCUACCGCCGCUAAGGAUGCUGCGAAAGCAUCUACACAGCCCAAGCUUGAGAUUAUCCCCAUCAGCUUGAAGUCGACCCCGCUUGGAACUAAGACUCCUUCUGCCUCUGAGCUGGGUCGCAUUCGCAGUCGCCUGUCGGCCUUUGAUGCCUCUGACCGCGAUCGUAUUCUCCGCGAAGAGGCUCUCAAUGAGCUGGAGGCUUUCAUCUACCGGAGCCGGGAUCUCGCCGAUAACGAAGAGUUCGUCAAGGCUGUCAAGGGCGACGACUUGGCCAUCCUUCAGGACAAUGUUGCCAAGGCUAGCGACUGGCUCUACGAAGACAGCGAUAAUGCCAAGACUGCGGAAUUCCAGUCAAAGCUGAAGGAUUUGAAGUCCAUCGUCAACCCGGCUCUCAAGCGGAUGAAGGAGUCUACCGACCGUCCGGCGCGUGUGGAGCUUCUCAGGGACAUGCUCAAGAACGCCGAGUCCAUGAAGCAGUUGAUCGAGAGUCAAAUCGCCACCGACGAGGAGAGCUACUCAUCCUCCCUCUCCGCGUCGAGCACCUCGACCACUGAAUCGGAGACCAGCUCGGCCACCGCCGCGACCCCGGCUGCCUCUGAUGAUCUCGAGGACCUUGAUGAUGACUCAUACUCGACCACCGCUUCUUCAAAGACCACCAAGUCGGCCGCUAGCGCCAAGCCCACUGGCCCCAAGUAUACCCUCUUUACCCCCAGCGACCUCAGCUCCCUGACCCAGGCCUUCGAGUCCACCAAGCCCUGGCUCGAGGCCCAGCUCGCACUUCAAGAAAAGCUCGCUGGCUCGGAUGACCCCGCUCUGACUGUCGUGGACAUCGACUCACGUCUGCGCGAGUUCGAGCGCAUUCUCAACCGCAUGUAUGAGCGCAUGACUGCGGCCGCUGGCAAGCAGUCUAAGAAAAACAGCAGCAAGAAGGGCAAGAAGGAUAAGCCCGAGGCUGAUAAGAGCAAGGCCAAGGAGAAGGAGAAGGCCCAGGACGAUACUCGGAAGGAUGAGCUCUAA